CCGAGCUGCGGGCCGGCGAGAGCGAACGACGCGGGGUGUGUGGCGUUCGGUGCAGCUGGCACCUGGAGUCCGAGGCAGCUGUCGGAGGCGCUGGAGCUCGCCCGGAAUUAACAGUCCCCUUCAUUUAUAUAUAAAAAUAUAAACAUGCAUGUGAGCAGCGUAGUUCCAGGUCAAAAUAAAGAGGAAAGUGAUGGCGGAGCCGCAGAAUUGAGUUCUUAGUCGCGAAAGCACAGCAACGCAGUUGCAGCAGAAUAGCGGGAGCAUCUCUCGUCGCCUUUAUUUACUAUUUCACUUUCGCAAGUCUUCACGGGGUUUAUUUUUUUAAAAAAAACCGCAAUCGUCUUUCCAUGUGCUUGUGACAAGUGAUUCGUGUCCGCUUAAAAAGGCCGAGAAUGCAACAAGUUGAUUGGAGCAGGGAGUCCCGCAUCUGCCUUUAUUAUGUUAUCAUCCUUCAGCAUGUGCUUUCAGUUAACUGGAUUUCUUACACGGCCACCUUCCUUUUCACACUGUGAUCUCUCUAGCUGAGGAAGCAAGGCUACGCAUUUCAUGAUUACUACUGUGAUUCACAGAAGAAACAAUUAUGAGAAGAUUAAUUUGUUGCAAGGUGGUCUUGGCCACAUCUUUGAUUUGGGUGCUUCUGGAUGUCAUCUUGCUACUGUACUUCAGUGAAUGCAAUAAAUGUGAUGAUAAGAAAGAUCGAUCUCUCUUGCCUGCCCUGAGAGCUGUCAUAUCCAGAACACAAGAAGGUCCAGGUGAGAUGGGAAAGGCUGUCCAUAUUCCCAAAGAAGAUCAGGAGAAAAUGAGGGAAUUGUUCAAAAUCAACCAGUUUAAUCUCAUGGCUAGUGACAUGAUUGCACUUAAUAGAACUCUUCCAGAUGUGAGAUUGGAAGGAUGCAAGACAAAGGUCUACCAAGAUGAUCUUCCAGACACAAGUGUUGUUAUCGUUUUUCAUAAUGAGGCCUGGAGUACUCUGCUUCGUACAAUUCAUAGCGUACUCAUUCGUUCCCCCAAGAAUGUUCUUGCAGAGAUUAUCCUAGUAGAUGACGACAGUGAGAGAGAUUUUUUGAAGAAACCUUUGGAGAAUUACGUUAAGAAUUUGCAAGUUCCAGUUAAGAUAAUUAGGAUGGAGCAACGAUCAGGAUUGAUUCGUGCCAGGCUUCGGGGUGCAGCUGCUUCAAAGGGCCAGGUCAUUACUUUUCUAGAUGCACACUGUGAAUGCACUGUUGGUUGGCUUGAGCCCCUGCUAGCAAGAAUAAAAGAAAACCGAAAAACCGUGGUAUGCCCAAUUAUAGACGUAAUUAGUGAUGAUACAUUUGAAUACAUGGCUGGUUCUGAUAUGACAUAUGGUGGCUUUAACUGGAAAUUGAACUUCCGCUGGUAUCCUGUCCCUCAGAGAGAGAUGGACCGCAGAAAAGGGGACAGAACGAUUUCUGUUCGGACACCAACCAUGGCAGGGGGCUUGUUUGCAAUAGACAGGGGUUAUUUUGAAGAAAUUGGAACUUAUGAUGCAGGAAUGGAUAUUUGGGGUGGAGAGAACCUGGAGAUGUCUUUUCGGAUAUGGCAGUGCGGUGGUUCCUUGGAAAUUAUUACCUGUUCUCAUGUUGGCCAUGUGUUCCGUAAGGCAACCCCAUAUACAUUUCCUGGUGGUACUGGACACAUCAUUAACAAGAACAAUCGACGCCUGGCAGAGGUCUGGAUGGAUAACUUCAAAGACUUCUUUUACAUCAUUUCACCAGGUGUUGUUAAAGUGGAUUAUGGAGAUGUGUCAGCCAGAAGACGCCUAAGAGAAAGACUGAAGUGUAAAUCUUUCUCAUGGUACUUGGAAAAUAUUUAUCCUGAUUCCCAGAUCCCAAGGCAUUACUACUUACUUGGUGAGAUUAGAAAUGUUGAUACAAACCAGUGCCUCGAUAACAUGGGGCGGAAGGAAAAUGAAAAGGUGGGCAUCUUCAAUUGCCAUGGCAUGGGGGGAAAUCAGGUAUUCUCCUAUACAGCAGAUAAGGAGAUCAGAACAGAUGAUCUGUGUCUGGAUGUGUCUCGGCUUAAUGGUCCAGUUGUGAUGCUUAAGUGUCAUCACAUGAGAGGGAACCAGUUGUGGGAAUACGAUGUACAGAGACUUACACUACGACAUGUAAAUAGUAAUCAGUGUCUGGAUGAGCCAUCUGAGGAAGAUAAAAUGGUUCCUACCAUGAGGGACUGCAGUGGAAUCCGAUCACAACAGUGGGUGCUCCGCAACAUGACUCUGAGUGCUUGAAGGUGGAAGAGACUUAACGGAUCAAUUUCAUUGGAGUUCCUACUUUUAGUACAAAAUCCACAAAGAACUCAUGGCUGUCAAUGAUCCUGAGUAACUAAAACAAAUUUUCGAAGCUUUUUGACUGAAUGGUUGAAAACAUAGAGACAUUGCUCAUAUCUCAACAUGGCAUGCCAUGUGCCCAUACUUAAUUUUCAUUUACUUUGGGAGAAAGCACAUUAUAAACUAUAAAUAGCAUGAUGUGUGCUAUUGCUAAUACUAUAAAACACUUGAAAUGAAUCAGUUGACUUAAAUCCUCAGUCUUCUAAGGAACUGCACUGAAAACUAGAUUACCCAAUAAUGUCAUUACAGAUUCACUUGGGAAUGACUAUGUGGUCAGAUGCCUUAAAAUAAUUGUUCAAAUAAAUUAAAGGUAUUUUUGAGAGCUAAAACAAUAUCUAAUUACUGUUAAAAUGUUUGAAUCAGUCCUUAAAUGAAGUCAAUAUAUUGUUUGCUAUCUUGCUUACAUAACUGAUUUAAUGUUACAACUUAUCAAGAAAUAUAACAUGCUUUUGGAGUUUUGACAAUUCUUUAUCCUAGGGAGUAGAGAUACUGAAAUAACUCAGAGACCAUUGGUGAACUGGUCGUAUAUUCAAAAUAGUAUAGAAACCAGUUCAAUUUGUGUCUAAAUGUCAAUUAAAUAUCAGACUCUACUUAGUGAGAAUAUUCAAACAUCAGAGCAAAGAUUAUUGGAUAAGAAAAUAUCAGAAUGUAUUGUUGACAGUUUUAUAUUUAAGUGGGAUCCCUAUUUGGAGGUUGUAAAUGUUACUAUUUACCAACGUUUUUAUUUUAAUUUACAGCUUUGAAAUAAAUGCAAGAAUUUUAGAUUAAAUAUGUAAUAAAAGUGAAUACUGAUGGGUCAAGAAAGCUGUAGAUAUUUUAAGUGACAUUAUUAGCAAUAGCAAUUGAUUAAAAUCAUCCUUAUUUUGUUUGAUGCUACUACGCAAGUCUAAAUUUGGAAUGUUUAUGAUGUAACCAACCUCAUCUUUGUUUAGAGUUGGUUGAAAACAAAGGGAAUAAUGCUGCUUCAGGCUAUAAAGCAUGAAUAAGACCUGUUAGUACCACACCACAAAUAGGAAAGCCUGGCCAGUAUUCAUAAUACUUACUUCGUUGCUUCUUCAGAAAUAUACUUAAGAUGCUGUUGUAUACUUUGCUGUAAAUUAAGCUAUUUGUACAUUUUUGUAGAAAUUAAAUUUUAUGAAAAAUCAAACAA